AUGGCUGAAAUACGUACACAACCCCAUCAGGUGCAAGUCCACACAACAACAACACACCGUUACGAAGGAGGUGCCACCACCCAACCCCGUUAUGAAGGUGGUGUUAAGACCCUCUUCCCUCAGAGAGGCCCUUCCACCUCUCAAGUUCUUGCAGUUGUCGCCGGUGUUUUCAUAGGUGGCACACUGCUCUUUCUCUCCGGCAUUUCGUUGAUCGCCAGCCUAAUUGGGUUGGCGAUCACAACACCGCUUUUUAUCCUGUUCAGCCCGGUGUUAGUUCCGGCCACCAUCACCAUCGGGUUAGCGGUGGCCGGAGUUUUAGCAUCAGGCGCGUGCGGGUUGAUGGGGUUAAUGUCAUUCUCGUGGGUGAUAAACUAUGUGCGGCAGACGCAAGGGACGGUGCCGGUGCAGCUUGAUGCGGCUAAGCGGCGCGUGGCGGAUAUGGCAAGUUACAUGGGGCAGAAGACAAAGGAGGUGGGGCAAGACAUUCAGACAAAAGCACAGGAAGCAAAGAGAAUAUGA